CUAGCAUUAGUCCUUAGCGCCAUAACCCCAUAAAAGCCAACCGUCGUCUCCAACGUUCAAGCCAGGGCAAAGAAAUAAAAAUGGACGAUCGAAAGCAGAUCUACCAUAUCAUUUGUUUCUCAGUUCUUUUCUGUAGCUUCAUUUAUCCAUGCCUCUCCGAGCUCUGCCAUCCCCAAGACAAGAAAGCUCUUCUCCAAAUAAAGAAAGGCUUCAACAACCCUCAUGUCUUCUCCACUUGGGACCCGAACACCGACUGCUGCGUCAACUGGGGCGGCGCCCAUUGCGACGAAAAGAACAACCGGAUCGAAACCCUCGAGAUCUACUUCGGCGGCGGCGAUCUCUCCGGUCCUAUCCCUCCCGAAAUCGGCGACCUUCCUUACCUCCGGAUACUCUGGUGGCACAAGCAGCCCAACUUGACGGGACCGAUCCCACAAUCCAUCACUAAGCUUAAGAGGCUCAGUUACCUCGUCAUCACCUGGGCCAACCUCUCCGGUCCCAUCCCGGACUUUCUCAGCGAGAUCAAAAGCCUCGUAUCUAUCGAAUUCUCAUUCAACAACCUAACCGGACCGAUCCCGAGCUCGCUUUCUAGGUUAACGAACCUAACGGGGCUUGUUUUGGACCGGAACAAGCUCACCGGACCAAUCCCCGACUCGUUUGGAGAAUUCCAAGGUUUCAGUUUUUACCUCAAACUGUCCCACAACCAGCUUUCGGGGAAAAUACCGGCCUCCUUGGGAAAGAAAGACUUCACCUACGUAGAUCUUUCGCGGAACAAGCUCGAGGGCGAUGCGUCGGUGCUGUUCGGGUCGAAUAAGAAGAUGACACAACAGGUUUACCUGUCGAGGAACUUGUUUGAGUUCGAUUUGUCGGAGGUUGAGUUUCCGAAGAGUUUGAUUGAGUUGGAUCUGAGCCAUAAUAAGAUUACCGGGAGUAUUCCGGUGGGACUGACCGCAGUGGAUUACUUGCAGGGAUUGAAUGUGAGUUACAACAGGUUGUGUGGGAAGAUUCCGGUGGGCGGGGCGUUGCAGGGCUUCGACUACACGGCCUAUUUCCACAACCGCUGCUUGUGCGGUUCUCCGCUCAUGGAAAGUUGUAAAUAGCUAGCGAAUAAUUCUACUAUGUAAUUUUUAAGUAAUUUAUGUAAUUCUCAAUUAAUUAGAAUAUGAAUGAUAACGUUCAAAGGUUUUGGCAUA